AGUGGAGUCAGCACCGCAGAAGAAGAGUAGAAGCAGGAAGUGUAUAGGCAGUGUUGAGUAGCUGUUAGCAUGGUUAGCUGCAGGCUAACGCUCUGAUAUGACGUUUAUCAGCUGAAUUGUGUGGUUCCUGGUUCAGCCUCAGUGGGCGUGUCCGUGGCGAUGGCGUUGAUCGAGGGCGUGGGGGACGAGGUGACGCUGCUGUUCGGCUCCCUUCUGCUCCUGAUGGUGCUGCUGCUGGCCUGGAUCUCCACCCGCACCUCCGACCCCCCCGAACACCUGUUCACCUCCUCCGCAGGCCCCGCCCCCUCGCUGAGGGCCACCUCCUCCCCGCAGGACACGCCCCCCUCGUCCUCCUCCCCCGUCACCUCCGACCCCCCCUCCAGCUCCACGAGCGAAGGCGGCGAGAGCUCGGUGACGGAGGCUCCGCCCACCGCCGCCUCCACCCAGGAGGAGCGGGAGAAGGGGGGGGAGGAGGGGAGCGGGGAGGACGGGGGGAGGAGAGAGGAAGGAGGAGACGGGCUGAGGAACAGAGGAGGAGAUGCAGCGUCCGCUCAGAGGAACAUGGUGGUCCGACUCAAGUUCCUGAACGACACCGAGAGGACGGCUCAGGUCCAACCGCAGGACACCAUCGGAUACAUCAAACGUACCUACUUCUCAGGCCAGGAGCAGCAGGUGCGUCUCAUCUAUCAGGGCCAGCUGCUGCAGGAUGACUCUCAGACUCUGGCUUCUCUGAACCUGGCCCAUAACUGCGUGCUGCACUGCCACAUCUCCCAGCAUGCAGCGCGGGGGGGUGCGGGGGGGCCUCGGCCCGCGGACCAGGUGGCGGUGGCUCUGAACGUGGGCAGCCUGAUGGUUCCUCUGCUGGUCCUCAUGCUGUCCGUGCUGUGGUACUGUCAGAUCCAGUACCGGCAGUUCUUCACGGCGCCGGCCACGGCCUCGCUGGUGGGAGUCACCAUCUUCCUCAGCCUGGUGGCCUUCGGAGUCUACCGCCGCUAGCCGCUCCCGUCGGCUCCGCCCGGGUCCGACGGGGGCGGCCGGGACUCGAACCCGCGGCGGGGCGUGCGUCUGUCCUGUUUCUGUUGCCAUGGAGAUGCCGAGUGUAAACAAGACUUUAAUUUUAAUUUUUUUUAGAUCACUUCUGUAGGGUUCU